CUUGUGAAUUGGGCAGGCCAGGCAAAGUCAGCUUGGAUUUUGAUAAGGAGGGAGCUCAAGAAAGGAUAACACCACGGCAACAGGAACGUGCCACUUCUGCAUCGCCAUAUCCUGUCAACAACACUGGGGAAGCUCAGUUAUAGUGUUCUGAAGACCGCAACCUCCUUAGUUCACUCUGCACUUCUGCAGGUGUACCUCAGGGACCCACCACCCAUAGGGCUUUGGCCUGACUCUACCACUGACCCAUAACCCCACCCCUCCCCCUAUGCGUGAGAGAUGUCUGAGAGCAUGGCGGGACGGCGGGCAUGCGAGGGGGCGCGGAUCGGGGUGUGCGUUCUGGGGUGCCUCCUGCUGGCCCCGUCUGGUGGCCUGGCCUUCCUGCCCAACUUCUGGUCCCGGGUGCUGACCCUGUCCUGGGACUCGUACACACACCAGUACAUGACCGAGCAGGCCCUGCUCAACAUCACACUGGACACGCUUGUCAGGAUGCCGGCAGGCCGGGAGGGGGCAGAGCUGGGCCGUGGGUUCUGGCGGGCCGUGGGGGAGGUGGCGCAGGCCAAUGCCGCCAUGGACUUCCUGAGCUCCACGCGGUCCGACCCGGUGUACCACUUUGACUCAGAGCGCGUGGAGGGCGCUGCGGAUAUGCUGCGGCAGUUCUGGUUACAGACCCUUCUCUCCAUUCGGGCCCGGGACUACCAGGGGGCGCGGCACAGCCUCGGCCGGCUCUUCCACUCCCUGCAGGACUUCUACAGCCACAGUAACUGGGUGGAGAUGGGCCAGAAAUCUGUUUACCUCCACCUGCUGCACCCUGAACAUCCUGCCAUACCUCUGGCAUCAGAGGACACACCUACCUGUGCAGAGUGCAGUAGCACCACCUGCAGGAACAACAUACUGCUCAGCCAGCACCCUCCUCUGCUUACCACCGGCUACUUCAGCACGCACCCUGCCAAGCCUGCAGGCAAGUGCAGCCAUGGAGGGCUGCUGGACAGCAGCCGCCACCAGGGGGCGCGUGGGGGAAUCAACAAGGACAGCACCUCCCCCCUCUUCUCCCCACACCACUAUCUCCACGGUGACGCUGCCCGACUCGCUACCGCGGCAACCGUGGCCGUUCUGGAAGACCUCCGCGACGCCGUGGGAACCGCGAGCUUUCUCAGGUUGCUGAGCGUGAGGCAGCAGCCGGCGCUGGUGUUUGUGAUGGACACCACGGGCAGCAUGUUCGAGGAGAUCACCGCCGCCCGCAUCCGCGCCUUCUCCAUCAUCCACGCCCGUGCCAAAACCGCUCAGCAGCCUGGCACCUACCUGCUGGUGCCUUUCCACGACCCAGCCGUAGGGCCUGUGUAUGAGACGGAGGAUCCAGAGCAGUUCAUGCGGUACCUGGAGGGGCUGACUGCCCUCGGGGGAGGAGAUGAGCCUGAGAUGUGCCUCUCUGCCGUACAGUUGGCCCUGACUCAUAGCCCUCCUCUGUCUGAGAUCUUUGUGUUCACCGAUGCCUCUCCCAAAGAUGCUCACCUGUACAGUGCCGUGGAAGCUCUGACAUUGGAGAAACAGAGCAAGGUGAGCUUCUUGCUGACAGAGGACCGUAGCUUUUCUGGCACAGAUAGAGGGAUGAGGAAGAGGAGAGAGAGCUUGUCCCCCAACAGGUUUUCUCUGUACUCUUCACUGUCCUCCAUUUCUGGGGGUCUGGCCAUCUUCACCACAAACUCUGACAUCCACAGAGUGUCCACCAUCAUUCAGGACAACAUUGCUGCAAGCAAGGUGACUCUAUCGCACAUGGAGAGCAAUUCGGUGUCCACCCACUUCCCCUUCCGCGUAGACAGUGCAGUGAACAACGUCACUCUGCACCUCACUGGCAUUUUAAAACACUGUGUGCUCACCAGUCCCUCAGGUCAGAGCCAGUCCCUCUUGGACAGGCCCGGUUCCCUGGCGCAUCUGCAGAGCUUCCAGGGGCUUUACCGGGUCAGCCUGCUCCCCCCCAUCAAGCCGGGACAGUGGCGCCUUAGUGCAGACGCGGAGGGUCCCAUCACGCUCAACGCCAUCGGUGACAGCAGUGUGGACUUCCUGUACUAUUUUGCAGUGGUGGCCAAUGGGACACAUCCAGGACUGGCCCGAGUGGAGGGAAGUCCAGUGGCAGGCGUACCCACAUUUCUGGUGCUGGCUGUGACAGGCUUACCGCCCAAUGAGGAGGCUUCCUUCAGUCAUGUGACACUCCUGGGAGCCAGUGGGGAGAUCCUGCUCAAGGUGCCUCUCAACUCUUCGUCCUCCUCAUCUGCUGGGAAAGAGCUGGUGGGCGGUAUGGCCUCUGUGCCCCGAGAACCGUUCUGUGUGCGACUGUCUGGGAAGGAUGGGCGAGGAAACAGACUGGAGCGAGUCGCCACGGAGAUGAUCCAACCUACACAUGUGCAGAUACAGGUCCUCUCAGCUCCUCACCUGGUUCCUGGUAACGUCUCCACAGUCAGCUUUGACGUGAUGAACCACGGCCCCGCCCGUCACUUCACCCUGACCGCCACUGAUGACCGUGGUUUCCUUACACAGAAAGGUCCUCACAGGCUGUCGGUGGGGGAGAGGGGUUCGCUGAGGGGGAAAGUGGAGGUUAGGACUCCAGGGGGCACAGACCCAGGGAGUGCGGUUACCCUCACCCUCACGGUCCGAGCACUGGACACCGCCGACUCAAACUACGCCGUUGUACACCUUAUCGUCAUUCCACAGGAUGUGUUCCCCCCAUCCUGCUCACCGAUGCGCGUGGAGGCCACCUGCCCGCCCGUGUGUCACCAGGCGAGCUGGACUGUGUCUCUGGCGGUGACAGACAGGGGGCACUCCGGCUUGGCAGCAUUGCAGCUGUCCAAGGGCCACGGCGUCCUCACGCUGCAUCUAGGACAAGAGGGGAAACCAUGGCAACAGGAGGGAAAGGGCAGGGACACUGAGGGGGAAGGGAGGCAGGGGUCGGAGGAGCCCCACCUGCUGGAGGGGGAACCCCCCCUGAACAUUACUGGGUGGGGUGGAGGAAUGCCCCUGCAUGUGCGCUACACCGCCAGCUGCUGCACCCCCCGAGCUGAGUUGAUCGCCUGGGAUGGGGAGGGAAAUGUCAGGCACUGCCAUUUCACCUCCAGCCAACAGGGGGCGACAGACAAGACCAGCAAUGGAGCCGGGAGUAUAAAAGUGGCACUGCUCACCUUAAUUUCUGGUCUGCUGGGAGCCAGACUGAUUAUGUAGCCUUGUAUGGAACUACUGAAUACCCUUCUAGCCUCCCCAUCUUGGAUGUUGACUCUGAGGGCUACAUUUGGAAAGGAGAUUUCUGGUUUAUGGUUGCCAGAUGCCUGGUUAUCAACUGGCAUGUCUGGUUUUCAAAUUAUUUGUACAGAUCGGGUUUGUGGUCAAUAUAAUGUCUGGUAUGAGUAACUGAGCUUGUAUUAUAUAGCGCUUUGGAUAAAAGCGCUAUAUAAAUGCAGUCCAUAUUAGCUACAUUAGCGUGUCAACCACCCCUCUGCAAUCCAUUCCAAUGGCUACGCCUCCACCCAACCCGGGACCGCAAAUGGUUAAUUUCUGCAGCACAACCCCAGCCCCCCAGCCCCAAGUUAAGUUCCAACAGCUUCAAACACUGAUAAAGCUGGCAACCCUAGAAUGGGUCAAACACAAUAACUCUUCCUCCUAUUCUUCCUCUUAAUGGAACAACCCCAUUUUUCUUCUUUAAAUACAGCAGAUAUGAAUCACUGGAAUUUAUUUAACCAGAAUACCUUAUUAGAAGUCAGUGAAAUGAUUGGACACUGGUGGGAUGCCUCAUUUGUAGGGCCACCAUUUUGUCUCCACCGCAUGACCUGCUGGAAUUUAAACUUGUAUUUCAAUGGUUAUAAUCCAGGGGUCCCCAUUGGCACUCCAACAACACAGUCAAGUGAUUAAUACUACAAUAAUUGAGUUUAUAAUUGAGAAAUGUAUUUUUUUUAAAUAAUAAGUUGAUCUAAUUGGUGAACACGGAUGGAACAUAGUUUAAAUGCUGCGAAAAGCAUGUCUUUCAGCCAACGGUCCUGGUCCUGGAGGUCUGCUGGCUUUUGUUGUUGCUAAGCACUUCAGUAGCACAGCAAUUGAUCACUUAAAGCAGUUGUUUAUACAGUUAAUUCAGUCACCUGGUUUAUUGGGUCUGAAUCAGUCACUGAUCUAAAAAACCAGCUGACUCUGUGGCUCUCCAGGACCAGGACUGAGUAUCAUUGCAGUAAAAAUAAAAAUGCUUCCAUAAAAAGCAGGUUUUUGUUUUAGCCCAGCACUUCAGCACCUAAUUCUACAUGAGGUCUUGAUGGAAGACCAUGGUUAGUUAAUUAGUUGACUCAUGAAUUUAUUUAUUUUUCAAACUUUUUGUGCAAGUUAAAUGCUACAUAAAUACUCUCAUUUUUAACUUGCUUCUAACAAAACCUAACAUGCCCCUACUGUAGCAUGUCCACAGUGGUAAGUAAUCAAACUGAAUAUAACACGUGUUGCUUGUAAACCUCACUGUCAAUCAUCAUCUUUUCUGAAUUAGUGGCAAUUACCUAGAUUACUGAGGUGGUGCAAAUAGGAUAAUUGUUUAAGAAGGGCUUUGACAACGAGGCUAUUGUGAACUCUAGAUGGUGGAGAAAACAAGGGGAGUCAAACUGGUGGCCUUACUCAUUUAUAUUAAUGUCAUGAUAUUUAGUGCUUACCAAGUCUUUAAAAGAACAGAACUGUUGCGCAUUCAAGUUCAGCAUUUUCUGGCCGUUGGCAGUUUUAGGGAUUCCUGUCUGAAUUAUUUGAAAAUCACAUGAGAAUGCAUAAUGAAGCCUUGGUUCUGUACAGUCUGGAGUCCGUACUGUUGAAUGUACAUAGUAUUGUGGUUACAUUAAGAAAUAACAUGAUUUAUUUUCAUUG